AUGGUUUCUUUUCCGCUUUUGCUGCUAUCGACAUGUCUAAGCUUCGAGGAAAUGAUACGGGUGAAAGACCCNGUGCCUCUGAAGAAGACGACUAUUCGGAGAAGGAGAAGCUCAUUUAUUGAAAACUUGGCUGGCGAUUAUCGAAGAAUGGUUUACUUCCCGGAAUACGGGAUCCAUACUAGAUAUGUCCAUUUCACAAAACAGGGGCACAUCCAUGUUAAUGUCUUCGAACCAGAAUACUGGAACAAUCUUCAUAAUGGCUACAAACCAGAAUACGGGAACAACCUCAAUAAUGACUACAACAUGGGAAAUUGGAACAGCCUUCAUGGCUCAAGUGAAAUACUUUACAACUAUUUGGACAUGCAGUACUAUGGCCCCAUCCAGAUUGGCCAUCCUCCUCAGAUCUUCACUGUAGUAUUCGAUACUGGUUCAUCCAAUCUGUGGGUUCCGUGCGCAAACUGCUUAGGGACCGCUGAUUUUUGUCGAAGUCACAGUAAGUUCAACUACAAAGAAUCCUUCACGUGCAUCCGAAAGCAUCGUCCCCUCAAUCUUACCUACGGAAUAGGCAGCGCCAAGGGCUCCCUUUACAGCGAUAUCGUUUGCAUCGACACGAAUCCGAAACACUGCUUCCGCCAAGAAUUUGUUUGUGCACAGCGAGUUCACGAAAUGGAUGGCACUAUACCCGACGGCACUCUGGGUAUGGCGUGGCCUUCACUAUCUGUUGAUAACAUUACGACACCUCUGGAACAUCUUUUUGCUAACAAGAUGGACUGUCCGAAAGCUGUCUUCGCAUUCUGGCUCAAUCGCAAUUCCAUCGAAGGUGGAGAGCUGACCAUAUGUGGAACAGACCCUUCCCGCUAUCAGGAUCCAAUUAUAUGGGUGCCGCUCAUCAGUGAAUCCUACUGGUCAGUCCUGCUGGGAGGAAUCACCGUCAAGGCAGAAUCAGGCGACAUUUUACAUAUCCCAGGAAACUUCUCAGCAUCUAUCGAUAGUGGUACCUCGUUCAUUGUUGGACCCUCCGAAAAGAUCCAGAAGAUAUUGGAUUUUAUCGGUGUGAUGGAAUUAGAAGUGAUUGAGUGCAGUGCAGUUCCCUCUUAUCCAACAAUCUUUUUCAAACUUGGAAGCUAUGAAUUUAAGCUUGAAGGACAACAGUACACCCUUAAGCAAUCCCACGGGGAAUGCUAUGUUGCAUUCCAGAAGAACCCAUCCAAAGACGAUAAUAGUUGGACUCUUGGAGAUGCCUUCAUGAGCAACUUCUAUACUAUAUUUGACUACGAAAACAAGAAGGUUGGGUUUGCCAAACCAGCUUGA